AAAUAACUUCAAAAUAGGACAUAUAAGCGAAGUGUUACAGUGAGGCUUACAACUCGUGUGAACUGAAUGGGAAUCAAUUCACUUACUGAAUAAGCAAAAUGACAGCUGUUAUGGCAAGAUCGUGUGGACUCCACUCGGGGUAUGCUUUAACACCGACCAGCGGUCCCGAUAGAAGCGACUGUCUUGAUGACGACUGCCAAGCAAUGGCACAUCAAGCUAUAAUGAAAUCAGAGGUAAAGAGACUAAACUCAUUCAAACUCUGGCCAGUGUGGGCGACCCAAAAUCCUGCAAUUUUAGCCCAAGCUGGAUUCUAUUACACAGGAACAGGUGAUCGGGUCGAGUGCCCCUUUUGUUUUGGUAUUUUAAAACAAUGGCACACAAAUGAUCUUCCUUUAUUGGAACAUAUGAAGCAUUUUCCUUACUGUAAAUUCAUCCAGGGGGAUGAUGAUGGUAACAUACCUAUAGCAGAAAGUGUACAGAACACACCUGUUUCUCGUAGAUCUGCCCAAACCCAAGGGGUUGAAGGCGGCUGUGACUAUACACGAGAGGAAUUGAGACUUAAAUCAUUUUCAAGAUGGCCGCGAAAUGUGUCUCAAACCCCGGAAGCCCUUGCGCGAGCAGGGUUCUACCAUAUACCAUGCGAGGAGAAGCCAGACCGCGUGAAGUGUGGUUAUUGUCGAGGGAAAGUAUACAACUGGGCCUGUGGAGACGACCCCUGGAUUGAGCAUGCAAAGUGUUUCCCGACUUGCCCCUAUAUAAAGCUGUGUAUUGGGGAAGAUGUCAUCAAUGAUCUACUGUGCCAACAGAACGGUGCCACAAGCAAAGAAAAUGGGGAAGCAGUCAUGAUAUCAAACUCUUCUGACGAGGUUAAUACAACCGUUGACAAAGUAACGCAACUCAUGAUGACUGAUGCUGUUCAGGCUGUUCUCAAGAUGGGAUUUACGUCAGAUCUCGUGAGAACUGUUGUACACAAGUGGCACACAGAACGAUGUUGUGAUUCAGUUUCCGCACAAGAGCUCGCCAUUGCUGUUCUAGAAAUAGGAGAAGGAACAGGAAUUACAACAAACAACGUAAAUGACACCGGAAGUCAUUCAUCAUCUGACAGGGGCCAGAUUUCAAGUCAAACACUAUCGGAUAUGACACAAAAUGUUGACCUCGUGAGAACGGUUCAAGACGAGAAUGUUCACAUGAGAGAGCGGUAUCUGUGUAAAGUCUGUAUGGAGAAUCAGCUGAGGGUGACGUUCCUGCCAUGUGGUCACCUGGCGUGUUGUGGUCCCUGCUCUAUGGCCAUGUCCGACUGUCCGAUCUGCCGGACGCCCAUUACAGGGUGUGUCAGGAGCUACUUCUACACAAGUAACAAACUCUUCCAUAAUCAUAAGCCAUCACCGUUGUACGAUUUCGACUAUAUGACUGCUGUGAUUUCAAGGCCUUGUGAAAUCCAUCAAGGGUAUAUAUAUGCUCCUGCUUGUGCCUUACACCAUAUAAGCUAUCUUAAUGAAGCCUCCCGAGCAAUGGCGGAGGCAUCUCGCAUGGAAUCAGAAAUAAAUAGACUAAACUCGUUCAAAUACUGGCCAACAUGGGCAACCCAGAGUCCAGCUAGUUUGGCUAAAGCUGGAUUGUAUUACACAGGAAGAGAGGAUAGGGUUGAGUGCCCCUUUUGUUUUGGUGUUUUAAAAAAAUGGCAAGCUGGUGAUAGUCCCCUACAAGAACAUAGGACGCAUUUUCCUCACUGUAACUUCAUUCAGGGGAAUGAUGUUGGUAACAUACCGAUAGAAGAAAAAGUCCAGACCUGGACAUCUGUUCCACAGGCAACCCAAGAAGCUACCCAGACUACAGGCUCCUGUGACUAUACACGAGAGGCCAACAGGUUAAAAUCAUUUUCAAGAUGGCCGCGAAAUGUGUCUCAAACCCCGGAAGCCCUUGCACGAGCAGGGUUCUACCAUACACCAUGCGAGGAGAAGCCAGACCGUGUGAUGUGUGCCUAUUGUCGAGGGAAAGUAUACAACUGGGCCUGUGGAGACGACCCCUGGAUUGAGCGUGCAAAGUGUUUCCCGACUUGCCCCUAUGUAAAGCUGUGUAAAGGGAACGAUACCGAUGACCUUCAGAGCCACCCACACAAGAGUACUGGGAACAAGACGGAAACUAUCUUUAAAUUACAUUCUUCUGAAUCGGAAGUUGACGAAGUAACACAACUCAUGAUGAGUGAUGCUGUUCAGGCCGUUCUCCAGAUGGGAUUUACGUCAGACCUCGUGAGAACUGUUGUACACAAGUGGCACACAGAACGAUGUUGUGAUUCAGUUUCCGCACAAGAGCUCGCCAUUGCUGUUCUUGAAAUAGGAGAAAGAACAGGAAUUACAACAAAUAACGCAUAUGGCACCGGAAGUACAACGCCAAACAGACGUAAAUUACGCCAUGAAGACAUCAACAGUCAUUCAACAUCUGACAGGAACCAGAUUUCAAGUCAAACACCAUCGGAUAUGACACAAAAUGUUGACCUCAUGAGAACGGUUCAAGACGAGAAUGUUCACAUGAGAGAGCGGUAUCUGUGUAAAGUCUGUAUGGAGAAUCAGCUGAGGGUGACGUUCCUGCCAUGUGGUCACCUGGCGUGUUGUGGUCCCUGCUCUAUGGCCAUGUCCGACUGUCCGAUCUGCCGGACGCCCAUUACAGGGUGUGUCAGGAGCUACUUCUAGACACAAUUGUUUCGUCUUGUCUUGUUCUCUUGGGCCCGGGACACUUAUUCAUGGACUGAACUGAACACAUACGUGCAGAAGUAAUGCUGAGAUUGUAUCGAAAAACAGAAUCUGUCCACGAAACUUCUUAAAAAAAUAAUCAUGCUUCAUAUUGUUGGGGAAAAGGUAAUUGUCUGCCUCAAAAAUUGCAUUGUUGCAAUGUGUUUUCAGAACAAAUAUAUUUGGCUCAUAGUUCUAAUUAAUUAAUAUCAAAUGGUCGGUCCUAAUGAGUCAAUGACAUGAAGUGUGGUGAUGAAAGUGCUCUAAUCGUUGAGGACCAGCACAGGGGAAUAUUUACACCCCUGGUGCUUUUUCAAGGACACAUUAUUUUUAAUGGACACUUUGAAUCACCCGAAGUUCUCACAAAUUCAAGUCAAAGAUGAAAUUAUCCAAUUUAUGUUGUCAUUGAUCUUACACUUCAAAAAAUGUGUUUGUUGCUGGACUUGUAGAACAUGAAAAUGUUUACAUUUAGAUCACAUUUGUGCCAAAAUAGCAUUUUACCCUAUGUGUAUUGAUCGAUUGUUAUAGUUCUGUGGUAUCUGAGUCUUGUAAAUUCACAUGUACUCGUUUAUUUAUUUUGGUUGUUAUUGUUUUUACUACUGUGAUAUCAUAAGUACUUAGCAUUGCUCAUUGAUAUAUGUUUAUGUGUCCUGAGGUGGAAGAAUAUAUGUUGAUAUUGAUAUUGAUCUUGGAAUAGUUAUUUGUUUGUAUGCAAGUCUUUCAUGAUAGUGACUGUUAACAUGGCAAUAACAUUUUUCUUUCUGUUGUUUUCUGUUGUUUCUGACAUUUGUGUGACAUGAUAUAUAUAUUUAACAAAGCUUCAUGUCUCUUGCAUCAUUGAUCAUACAUUUAUAUUUAUUUUUAUACAUACAAUACAACGAUGAAAUUUUGAAUGUCACCCUUACAUGCCUUUAUUUGCAUCAUAAAUAAUAAAGCAAUUGUUAAUGUUACCAUGAAAUAAAUUUUGUU